GGGAAUUUUGUAGGGGCUGUUGCUUUGCAAUCGAUAUGUAGGCGAUUGGAACACAGCGGGUAAGACACCGCUCAGCCCAAGGACACUGUGUCCGCUUCGUGCUUUCUAUGAAAAAAAAAAGCAGAGUUGGCCUGAGGAUGUUGCGUCCUUGUGAUACAGCUGUGCAAAGUAAAACAAGUAAUGAAUCAGUCAUGAAUAUACCUUAGAACAAAGGAUCUGCACAUCUGGAAAUGUAGGGUUUGAUAUAUGAGCACACGUGCUGCUUAUAAAAAUACCUUUUUGUAUCUACUAAUGAUUAUGUUUUAAACCACAAAAAUGUAUUGCAUGGACCAAUUAGAAAUCGACAUGUAAUCCUGUAAUAGUAUAAAAAGCCUUCUGAUUUGUGUAUUAAACGUCUUACAUUUACAAUCCAUAUUGGAUUCUGUAAGUCCAUUUCCUCAACUUUGGGAACAGUCAGCAUGCUAACAGCGCCUAACAGCGACAUCUGGUGACCCCCGACGUGAUCAGCAAGAGACCUGAUACCCGGGAAGAGAGCUGAGCUGACUGCAAAGCGGGGAAAAAGAAAAGAAAUUCCGCGGCGGCUGCGGCCGGACGUCCGAGAGAGGCGUGAGUGGUACCACGGAUUUUCGACUCAGCGGGUGAGUCGGCUGCCUUGAGCAGGGAAAAGGCGCGGAAUGGGGAAUACGGCCCCGGGAAUAGAAAAAGCUUCUGUUGAAGCCUUGUUGAAAUUUGGACAGAAAGCUGGAGACCCGCUGGAUCGGGCUCUAGUGACAGAUUUGUUGUCUUGGGCACGCCGUAGAGGCUUACUCAAGGAAACUGCACAAGUUUUUAAAGACGAGACGUGGAAGCAUAUAGGGGAGGAAAUAUGGGAAUCUGUCCAGACUGAUAAUAAAGAAGCAAAAAGACUUGCUUCAACCUAUCGACAGAUCAGUCUCUUAGUACAAAAAAUAGGAGCGGAGGCAGAAGUUGAAGCAAUAAUUCAGACCAUCUUGAAAGACGCUAAAAAUAAAGUAACAUCGGGAUCGGGGGCGGAGACAAAAACUGCCGCGGAGAUAAAAACUGAGACGAAAACUGUUUGCCCUGCUACCCAAGGUCCUUACGAUUAUCUCAUUCCUGAUUGGGACCCCGAUAAGGGAGCGGGAGGUUCACAAGUCCCCGAGCCUAUGGAAGUGGGACAAGCGGUACCAUCAGCUCCGCAAAUAGAUCCUGCAACUGUCCCUCUGCCUCCUGAGGAAGAGGAGUUAAAGACUCUUUUACAUGAGCAGGCAGAUGCAAUGACUAAACUAUUGAAUGAGAUGCAACGGUUGGAUAAAGGUUCCAAAUCAAGGGUGGUUAAAGAGAGUUAUCGCAAGGCACAUAAGUCUAUUGUUGAAGGUCUGAAAAAUGUUGAGAAACAAUUAACAAAGAUUGAGUCUGGUAAUUGUGUUCACCCUGCUGCUGUUACUGAAGAGAAAAAUACAGAUGGUAAAAUGUCAGUGGAAGGGGUUCGUCAACGGGUGUUACAAAGUAUCAGAGAUGGUGAAAUGAACAUAGAGGAGGGCGAUUGGUAUUUGCGGUCUAAGUAUGGUUCAGAAGCGAGACUGUCUGCGGAGGAUAAGAGAAAGCUUGCAGAUUGGUUUGCAUUGUAUCCUCAGUAUAAAAGGAAAGAGGAUUCAGCAAGUGGAAUGGUGGAUGAUGUCUGGAAGUGGUGGAGAGGGAAAGCGAAUGAGGAAAAGUCAAAGGAGACUCCUAAACAGAGAAAUUCGGAUUACAUUCCAAAAGAUCCCAACUUUGACAUGUCAAACCGGUGGAAGGGAGUUGUAACCAAUGCUGAAAUUACUGGGGAUUUUCAGUUUACAGCUGCACCAGUAACUAUUGAUAAUAAUGGACAGAGAAACUGGCAGCCUAUAGAUUGGACCACAGUUGCCAAAAUACAGAAAGCAAUUUUAGAUUAUGGAAUAGACAAUCGACUGGUCAGAAGACAGAUGGAAACAUUUAUAAAACAUCAGACACUAAUACCCACAGACAUUAAACAUCUGUUUGAACUGAUGCUGGGACCUACGAGUUAUAUGAUGUUUGUUAGCAAGUGGCAGGAAAGAUUAGAGCAGAAACAGCUUGAUAACUUGACACUGCCGCACGGAGAUCCCUUACGGGUGGCCUCCCUAGAGCAAUUGAUGGGGAACGGUCAGUACGUUGACCCACAGCGGCAAGCUGCGCUAGACUUGCGAAUUCUGGCUCAAAGCAAAGUGGCUGCCCUUGAAGCUUUCGCCAGUUUGCCACAGGUCGGCACUCCAAAACAACCAUACUUGCAAAUUAAACAGAAAGAUAAUGAGUCAUUUAUGGCAUUUGUUGACAGAAUUACAGAAGGUGUUGAAAUGGCACCUGACAUUCCAGCCAACAUGAAAGAGACAUUGGUAAAAGAGAUUGCUAUGCAAAAUGCCAAUGCUGCCUGUCGGAGGUUAAUUGCCACUUUACCCCCUGCUGCUUCUUUACUGCAAAUGGUAGAACAAUGUUCUCGAGCCCCGAUGGAAGAAGAGAAGGAAAAGGCUCGAAUACAUGCCUCUGCAUUAGCAGCUGCAUUGUCCAAAUGCUCGCCACAAGGAAAGGGGGACAAGGGCUCAAAUCCUGUAUGUUUUAAAUGUGGACAGACGGGACAUUUUAAAAAGCAUUGUCCUACAAUUAAGGCUGUUACUAACCAAGUAUCGUCGAUGAGUUCUCCAUUCGCAGGUACCUGCAACAAGUGUGACAAGUUCGGACACAGAGCAUCAGACUGCAAAUCCCGAUUUAAGAAGGAUGGAACACCUCUUGUGCCCCAGCAGGGAAACGGGGGAGGCCGCGUGGGGGGCGCGGCUCAGACCUCAUCUUAAGCGACCGGACCCCCCACAACGGAGGCUGCCUCGACGAUCUACUCGCCGCCACCAGAGGAAGCGCUGGCCUCGAUUUGGUCGUAAGUGAAACAAUAACAAUCACAACACAGGAGGUUACACUAAUCCCUACUACCAGUAAAGGACCAUUAGGGUAUGGACUUUCUGCCUUGCUAAUAGGAAGAUCUUCAGCUACAAGAACUGGAAUUUUUGUACAACCAGGAUUAAUCGAUAGUGACUUCACAGGAGUUAUUCACAUUAUGGUUAAUGUUUUUACACCACCAAUUACCAUUCCAAAAGGCAGUAAGAUAGCACAAUUGAUUCCUUUCAAAGCCUGUGUACCACAUUCAACACCUAAAAUCAGAGGAACAGGAGGGUUUGGGUCUACAGAGCCACUAAUAGCUUUCUCUGAGGUGAUAACUAACAACAAACCUACACGUUCUGUUACCAUUAUCCAUCCCGACACUCAGAUCACCCCUAAAACCAUUACAGUUGAGAUGAUGAUUGACACGGGUGCAGAUGUCACUAUAGUGCCAGCUGCAUAUUGGCCAAAAGCGUGGCCAAUUGUAAAUUCAUCUGAGAAGGUUUUGGGAAUAGCAGGACUAGCAGAAAUGAGAAAAAGUGCUGUGUUAUUGGACAUCAAAGACAAUGAGGGGAACAUUGCAAAAGUAACACCUGUAAUCAUGGACACACCCUUAUGGUUGCUAGGUCGAGAUGUACUCUCCCAAUGGCAACUUGUUUUGUCUACUCCUUUUCCAUAGCGGCCACUGACAAAGGUGCUCUUCCCACUAUUAAGCUGACUUGGAAAACUGAUAAGCCUGUGUGGGUUGAUCAGUGGCCGCUCACUGAUGAAAAAUUGGAGCACCUGAACCAGCUUGUGGAUGAACAAUUAGAGAAAGGCCAUAUAAAAGAAUCUUUUAGUCCUUGGAACACUCCAGUUUUUGUUAUACAGAAAAAAUCAGGAAAAUGGCGAUUUUUGCACGAUCUUCGUGCUGUUAAUGAGCAAAUGACGCCAAUGGGAGCGUUACAACCAGGCCUACCUUCUCCAGCUGCAAUACCUGUUAAUUGGGCUGUCUACAUUAUUGAUCUUAAGGAUUGUUUCUUUAGUAUUCCACUCGAUCCUGCUGAUACUCAACGAUUUGCCUUUAGUAUACCAUCAAAGAAUAACAGUGCCCCCAUGAGAAGAUUUGAAUGGAUAGUUCUGCCACAGGGAAUGCGUAAUAGCCCAACCAUAUGUCAAUGUCAUACUAACUUGCCUGGAUUCUUGUCAGAAGGAAACGCGAAAGCCGAUGAGGUGGUGAGUGCUGGAGCCCAGCAAAAUGAUACUGAUGAACCUUCUGUUUCUAUCAAAUCAGCCACUCAGGCAAUUAAGCAAGCACAAGUAAGUCAUGCAUUCUUUCACCAAUCUGCAAAAAGUUUGUCUAAGGAAUUCUCUAUAUCUCUGCAAACUGCUCGUGGCAUUAUUGCCUCGUGUCCUGAUUGUGCCAAGGUCUCACCCCUACAAUCAGAAGGCACUAAUCCUAGGGGGACUGAGGCAAGAGAGUUAUUUCAAACAGACAUUACAAUUGUUCCGUCAUUUGGACGUCUAAAAUAUGUUCAUGUCACAGUAGAUACCUAUAGUUCAGCCUUGUGGGCAUCUGCCAUGACAUCAUCAGGGGCGUCAGCAACGUGUCGACAUUGGAGAAUGGCAUUUGCUGUAUUAGGAAACCCCCAAACAAUUAAGACAGACAAUGGUCCAAAUUAUAAAAGCCAAAUUGUUGAAGUGUUUCUUUCAGCCUGGAAUAUCAAACAUUUAUUUGGAAUUCCUUACAAUAGCACAGGACAGGCAAUUGUUGAAAGAAAGCAUUCUGAUCUCAAACGAUAUAUUGCCAUUUUUCAAAGACAGGGGGAGUUUUCCCAUUCCCACUCCCCCCACGAUAUUCUUUCAAAGGCCAUUUAUGUUUUAAAUUGGAAACUCUGGUCACAAAAGUCGAAUCAAGAAGUUGGGUCAACCCCUAUCUUUAGACAUUUUACUCAAAACAAUCCUUUAAAAGAAACACACGUUUCUGUGCAAGUUUGGGACCCCUCUUCAGCCACCUGGAAUGGACCAUGGAGAUUAAUAACUUGGGGUCGUGGGUAUGCUUGUGUCAUUACAGAGGACGGAGAGCGGUGGUUGCCAGCCAAGUGGGUGCGACCCUGGCUACAUGCUGAAACCAAGGAAAACAAGGAGGAUGAUCAAACGGCGAUAGAAGAAAUUGCUGACUUAGAAGCUGCACACAACGUCACCAGAGACAACUGAUCUGAGCUAAAUGUUGAACAAUAUGUAUUGGUUAUCUGCUAUUGUAAUUAUUUUUGUGGUGCAGGAGAAUUUUGGGUGGGGUAGUGAAGACAACUUUUGGGUGAAUUGGGCAAAGGAGACAAAUAACCCAUCCUUUUGCUUACACUUAUCAGCAGCCACAGACCCAUUUAAAACAUGCCUGAUAGGGUUGCCAUUUGAUGAUCAACGCACUUUGGUAGCCUCCUUUUCAUCUCUCACACAUCAAGAUUGUUCUACAGCAAAAAGUAUAAGUCAUUGUAUGGCAUUAAUAGUUGCAAGCCUCAAUGACCCUUUACCAUGGGAUCCUCAAGAGUUCAACCUGUUAGGAAGUAGAAUGCCAAAUCAGUCAGGAUGUCUGAUAUUUGGCUCGUACAAUCUGACGAAUCGUCAAAUAACAGAUCUAACAUCCUAUCAUUUUCCUUAUUGGAGUACCUCUGAUUUUUGUGCUAAAGACACGGUUUAUGGUUGGAACACAAAUGGUAUGUGCCUUAACAUUACCAAAGCCUUAAGAUUGCCUAGAAAUGUGUUCCUGAUCUGUGGUAGAAGAGCGUGGCCUGGAAUCCCAAAAGAAAGUAACGGAGGGCCAUGUUACAUUGGUCACCUUUCUUUGCUAACUCCUACUUCAGAAUUUAUCCGAAAUCAUAUUGCAAGUAGUGCAACUCUAUUAAGAAAUCGUAGAAAUGUAGAAAUGUUAACCUCUGAUUGUAAUGAUGAAGUGGAACUUUGGUCUCAUACAGCAAGAGUUUUUGGAGCAUUGUUUCCUCCUAUAGGAACAGCACAUGCCUUGUCAGCCAUUCAGAGAUUAGCAUGUUGGACAGCAAAACAAGCUAAUGUUACUACUAGUGUUAUUUCUCAGCUUGCAGUAGAUCAAAAUAGUUUGCGAAAGGCUACCCUGCAAAAUAGAGCAGCUAUAGAUUACUUGCUUUUAGUACAAGGAAAAGGCUGUGAAGAGGUAGAAGGAAUGUGUUGUUUUAACUUGUCUGAUCAUAGUGAUUCAAUCCAUAAAAAGGUAGACUGGCUUCAGCAUCAUACAGAGAAAAUUACAACGAAUCAUAACCCCUUUGAUGAUUGGCUAAUGUCAUGGGGAAUUUCAGCUUGGGCAAAAGAGUUAAUCAAAACUGUAGGAAUAGUAUUACUUAUUGUUAUUGUUGUGUUAUUUUUAGGACCCUGCAUCUUCCGAUGUCUAUCCUGGCAGAUGCAUCGGAUUGCUGCUACAGUGUUUGAAAAGAAAGGGGGAGAUGUGGGGAAUUUUGUAGGGGCUGUUGCUUUGCAAUCGAUAUGUAGGCGAUUGGAACACAGCGGGUAAGACACCGCUCAGCCCAAGGACACUGUGUCCGCUUCGUGCUUUCUAUGAAAAAAAAAAGCAGAGUUGGCCUGAGGAUGUUGCGUCCUUGUGAUACAGCUGUGCAAAGUAAAACAAGUAAUGAAUCAGUCAUGAAUAUACCUUAGAACAAAGGAUCUGCACAUCUGGAAAUGUAGGGUUUGAUAUAUGAGCACACGUGCUGCUUAUAAAAAUACCUUUUUGUAUCUACUAAUGAUUAUGCUUUAAACCACAAAAAUGUAUUGCAUGGACCAAUUAGAAAUCGACAUGUAAUCCUGUAAUAGUAUAAAAAGCCUUCUGAUUUGUGUAUUAAACGUCUUACAUUUACAAUCCA